CAACGUUGUUCUUCCUAUCAUUUUUCAUAUAUUUUUUUCCCCAACCAUUCACAAAUAUCAAUAACAUAAAACCUUUUCCAUUUCUUUUGGUGCUGGUGGUGGCACUCAACGGUGCAUUCAUGGCUGUGUUCCGCCUUUUAACGGCCAAACCAAGCGGCUGCCACUAGCCGUGCAGCUGGUUCCUGUAGCGGCCUAGAGGUGGAUCUAGAGCGAUUCAAUGGAUUCAAUAGAAUCCAUUGCUUCGCCUCGAUUCAUAAGUACAUAAGCCAAAUAUUUUAACGCUUGUGUAAAUAUAUAUAUAUACACGUACACAUUAUACUCAUUCGGAACAUAGCUAGGAUUAUAAAUCCUAGAUUUGUUUGAUCAUGACAAAGAGUGAUAGCACGGUGGCUGUGGCCAUAGACAGAGACAAGAACAGCCAACAUGCUGUACGAUGGGCGGUUGAUAAUCUUCCUGUAAAGAAGAAUGGUCAAAUCUUCCUUAUACAUGUUCAUCUCCAUAACGAAAAUGUCAAUUCUCAUAGCAUGGCUGCUAAUAAUUCUCCCACAAUGGCUGAAAUGCCGCAGUUCUUCCUUCCUUAUCGUGGAAUUUGUGCUCGAAAAGGGAUUCAGGUAAAGGAAGUAAUUCUCCAGGACACCGACGUAGCACAAGCACUAACCGAGUAUAUCACUCAGAAGUUCAUCACCACCAUCGUCACUGGCACUUCAGCCCGUAAUGCCCUAACAAGAGCAUUUAAAACUCAAGAUGUGCCAAGUUCUUUAACCAGAUCUGCGCCUGAAUUCUGCUCAAUCUAUGCCAUAGCAAGGGGAAAAGUUCUAAAACUCAAGUCAGCAAGUCAACCUGCCAGUCCUAGAAGUAAAACAAACUCCAACCAAUCAUCUCAAACAGGAUCCUCACAUGAUUCCCCAGUUUCUCAAGCUCUUAUUCCCCAGGGAAGUUGGGGAAGUAUAGGGAACUUUGUGUCUAUUGAUGCUGGCAGACGGAGCAUAUCAUCUGAUUGUAGCAGUUCCUCGGAUAGGCAUCCUGCAAGCCAGAGUUCCUCACCCAACUACAGCAGUGCCACCGAGCGCACACCAAAGGCAUUGUCAGAUAGCCAAUACAACAGCUCAAAUCCUUCACCAGAUCAAUCUGUCAGUGAUAUCCGUGAAGUGUUCAGUAAAAUUCAACUAACGAGGCAGCCUGGCAGCAAGAAUCUAACUCCUAUGCCAUCGCCAGUCAAUAGUGGUGAUUUCGGUGUAUGGACACCGCCAGCAGAGCUCGCUGGAAGUAGUGAAAAUUCCUCCCAGUAUACUGUGAAUUCAAAUAUGGAUAUUAAUCAUAUACUACAUGAUAGACACCUUGGUAGUCUAAUACCUCCAUCACGGCACACAGUCAAUAACCUAAAUCUUCAUAUGCGCACUAAAGCGAAUUCAUUCUACUCUACAUCUGGUUCGAGUGAUCUGUCUGGCUCCUCGAGUUACCGGUUCUCUGAUAUGUCCUUUGAUUAUUUGGACUCUUCUCACAACGUUUCAGAUGCUUCUAGGUGUUCCAUCUCCUCCCUAAAUGCAGCAGAGUUGGACGAGGAAAUGAGAAGGCUAAAAUUUGAACUGAAGCGAACCCGGGAUAUAUACAAUGAAACCUGUAGAGGACAGGCAAGAGAGAUUGAUCAUUUGAAGUCAAAAGAGGCAUGCAACUUAGAAGAAGCCAAGGAGGCCCCAGAGGCUUCACAUGUCAUGUUGGAAAAGGAGAAGCAAAAACGCAGAGCUGCGUUAGAAGUAGCGCGGACGGCUCAGCACAUGGCAGAAUUAGAAUCUAAGAAGCGAAAGAGUGUAGAAAGGAAAUUUCAGCAUAAAGAAGAAGACAAGAAAAAAGCACAAGAUGCAGUUGGCCGCGGUGAGAUUUGCUAUAGGAAAUACUCAACUAAUGAAAUUGAAGCUGCAACAAAUUAUUUCUCGAUUUCCAAGAAGAUUGGUGAAGGUGGAUAUGGUCCUGUGUACAAAGGCUAUCUGGAUCACACUGCAGUUGCUAUUAAAGUUUUAAGAUCGGACAUCUCACAGGGACAAACACAGUUUCAGAAAGAGAUUGAAGUUCUAAGCCUUUUGAGACAUCCAAAUGUGGUUCUCCUCUUGGGAGCAUGCCCGGAGUAUGGUUGCCUCGUCUAUGAAUGUAUGGAGGGUGGCAGCUUAGAGGAUAGGUUGUUCUGCAAGAACAAAAGUCCUCCUAUGCCAUGGCCUGUGCGCUUCAGGAUUGCUGCGGAAAUUGCUGCUGCUCUUCACUUCUUUCACCAAACAAGACCAGAACCCAUUGUGCAUCGAGACCUCAAACCUGCUAAUAUUCUCUUGGAUGCUAACUACAAAAGUAAGAUUAGUGAUGUUGGCCUUGCCAGAUUGCUUCCAGAGUCUGUCUCGGGCAGUGCUACGCAAUAUCUCAUGACAUCAGCUGCUGGGACAUUUUGCUAUAUUGACCCAGAAUACCAAAAGACUGGGAUGCUGAAUCCGAAAUCAGAUAUUUACUCUUUGGGAAUCAUGUUAUUACAAAUAAUUACAGCAAGGCCUCCAAUGGGUUUGACGCACCAUGUUGAGAGGUCAAUUGAAAAAGGAAAAUUUGAUGAUUUACUAGAUCCAUCAGUGCAUGAUUGGCCCUUGGAGGAGACACUAUCCUUUGCUACAUUGGCUCUGAAUUGUAGCGAACUCAGGAGGAAGGACAGGCCAGACCUUGGUUCAGUCAUACUGCCUGAAUUAGAACGACUUAAAAACUUUGCGUUAGGUUACAGACCCAGAAGCCGGUUUACUUAACGUUCCUCAAGUUCACAAGAAAGCUUAGCAAUAAGUGAGGAAGUAAGACGCAGCAUUUCUGACAGUCAUUCAGAUAAAGCAGCAUAGCUGCACUAGUACCUAUUGACAAGGUGAUGCCCGCUGGUCUCCGACUCAGUUUUUCAAACAUAUUUUGGCCUCUUUUAUCCUGGAAAAUUGUGAAUACUACAUGUAGAGAGAUACAAUAUACAGUCACCACCAAACGCCACGUUGUAAUUUCGGAACAGAGAAAUACUACUAUACUUUUUUGAUUCCAGUGAAUGUCAAAGUAAAUGGAAUUCUUGUACAAGAACUGAUAUUCUAAUGAAAUCUUGUCAUUUUUGUGAA